AUGACUAAAGACGAGUUCAUGUAUAAACAUGGUAAAGACUAUGCAACCUACGAGGAAGCAAACAAUAAAUACCAGGAAUACUGCAGAACACUUGGUAAGCAAGACUUGAAGAGGAAAGGGGAAGACAUUCCUGUUCUGAUGAAGCGCCGCCACUUUGCAGUCGCCAAUGCAGUAAAUCCAGCAGCCAACUUUUAUAUUAAGCCUACUCGUUCACUUAAUGGUCUGGGAACGGCUCUUUUCAAUGGGAACUUCUGCCUACUGUAUGGGCACCGUCAGAGUGGAAAAACGACCAUUGCUUUUGAAGUUGAGGAAUGGCUCUGUAAGCAACCCAAUUUACCCGGAAACGUCAAAAUUUUCCAAGUGUCUCUUGACGGUAUUGAUCUUGAGAAUGGAGCUAAUGGCUUCUGGAUAUCCAUGAUCCAACGGUUUAAUUCUGUGGAUCCUGAGCGGUUUCCCGAUGCUAAUACAUCAACGUCAAGCGGCUUUCAAAAGUUAUUUAACAAAAAGUUAUAUCCUGACCCUUCUAUUCUGAUUAUCGAUGAAGCUUCAAAUUUAUUCCAAAUCAAUCGUUUGAACGACACCGAUUACAUCAACAUCAUCAACGAGUUUAUCGGAGCGCUGCGGAAUAUCAAGCAAAAUCGUUCAACAUAUUCAGUGUAUGCCAUCGCACUCGUGGGCACAGAAACUGUCAGGGAUAUUCUGAUCGCUCGCCCACUACCCAACAAAAAAUCGAUCAUUUCGCCAUUCACAGCCGAGGCAAGUUUCGAACCAGAUCGUUUCACCCGACCGGAGAUCGAGAACCUACUCACUCAGUACUCGGCAGAAACAAAAAUCAUACUCGAUACUGCAGGCAUAGCUGACUCUAUUCAUCAGCUGACCUUAGGGCAUAAGGGCCUUACCGGCUGCAUCGGCCACUAUAUUGAGCAUGUAGUUUCGCGCAAUAGAUGUCGAGUGUCGCUCGAAGAUUGGGACCGGCAUGCCAUCAAUAUGGCUUCAUUUAUAGCAAGGCAAGCAACAUACGCUUCCAUCUCCUCAUGUCUUAAGGAGCUUAAUCCGAACCAGCAGGCAAUUAUGGGAACAAUUCUUCAGCGAAGGACUCACAUGGUUCGCUUGGACAAUGAUGUAAAGUUCCUCCUUGCAGAAGGAUUGGUAGUAAUAGAAGACCGUCUAGCAGCUAUCAAUGAAGUGAGAAUUGAGUGCAGCGCGCCCAUUAUUCGUUCUAUUAUGCUUGGAAUGAUACAAGCACCUGAGGUUAACCUAUCCAUACCUGUACCAGAUAGGAAUCAUCUUGAUCCCCAAUGGCUGUUGGAACGUACGGUCGAACUACUGAGUUUUCAACAUAUUGAUACCAGAGAGACCCAAACUGCCAAGCACUGGCCGUCCGAAUACGCAUUUCAGGCCGAAUUCAGCAGCAUCUUUAAGAAAGUGCUUUCCCGUGCUUAUCCAGAAUUACUCUAUCGUGUUCUUCCUGAGGUAAAGGAGCGUGAUGAAAACGGUCAGCAGCGCCAGCGCCUUGAUCUUUUUCUUCGUAAUGGCGACCAACCCGCUUAUGGUUUUGAACUUGUUGUUGCCGCAAGCCGAGCUGAGUUCGACGAACAUUGUGAGCAUUCCAAUUAUUACAGUAGACUCCAUGACUGCGAUAUGUAUAUGGUCAAUCUCCGCGAUAAUACCCACUUGACCGGCUACUUUGGGAAGGUAUACGACCGUGUGACGCCUGUACAUGUAGUUUACAAUACUGGGGCUGGAUCAGCAAAAUUGCUAUAUCGUAAUAACGCUGAAACGACUAUAGAUAUCAAAGGCAGCGAAUGGCGGGCAGUAUUUGCUUAG